CAGAAAGCGAGAAAAGGGGAGACUCCACUGCUCGACCCAAAAAAAUGGCGGCGGCGCCGGAGAGCAAGUCGCCGGAGGAGCUGCUCUGCGCGGCGGCGAAGUCCGGUGAAGAGGAGGAAGUCGCUAAACUCCUUGCCUCAGGAGCUGAUGCGACCCACUUCGAUGCCGACGGCUUGACCCCGCUCAUGCACGCGGCCGCGGGGGGGCACGCCGCCGUUGCGCGCCUCCUCCUCGACUGCGGUGCGCCCUGGAACGCGCUCUCCCCCUCGGGCCUCUCAGCAGGGGACUUAACCUCCGACCCCGACACCUACGACCUCCUCCUCGACCACGCCCUCCGCUCCGAGCUCGUCCUUGGCACCGUCGCGCGGCGGCAAGCGGCCCCCGCGAACGCCUCGGACGGUGCCCCGGCCGAGAGCUACCUCGAAUCCAGAGUCUCGUUCAGCGAGGAGAGGGUGAUGGACGCGGAGAGCAAGGCAGUGAUGAUGGCGUGGGAGCGGCCGCUGAUGGAGGCGCACGCGCGGGCGGUGUGCCAAGGCGGUGGUAAGGUGCUCAACGUGGGGUUCGGGAUGGGGCUGGUGGACGAGGCGAUACAGAGGUACGAGCCCGAGGAGCACACCAUCGUCGAGGCCCACCCACAGGUGUACGAGCGGAUGCUCAAGCUCGGGUGGGGCGAGAAGAAGAACGUCAGAAUCGUGUUCGGGCGAUGGCAGGACGUGAUGCCACAGCUCGGAUCUUAUGACGGCAUAUUUUUCGACACAUAUGGGGAAUACUACGAGGACAUGAGAGAGUUCCACCAACACCUUCCUAAGCUACUGAAACCUGGAGGCAUCUACUCAUACUUCAAUGGCCUCUGUGGCGACAAUGCAUUCUUCCACGCUGUGUACUGCCAGCUUGUCGCAUUAGAGCUCGCGAAUCUGGGGUAUUCCACACAGUUCAUCCCUCUGCCGGUCAAAGAUUGCCUAGCGGAAGAAGUUUGGAAGGGCGUGAAGCAGAAAUACUGGCAACUGGAUACCUACUACCUCCCUGCUUGCCAGUCAGAAUCAGAAUCGGAGUGAAAAUUCUAUCAAGUAGUAAUGGGGUAUUUGUAGUUUGCGUCUGAUGUCUGUUUUGAGCUGCUACAUUUUUGUUCAGGCAUGCUGUGUUACAAAUGGUACCGUUUCACUUCCAGGAGCUGAACUUUCUUCCCGCAUGUGAUCAUUUACCCUUGCUGUAUGCUCCUGAUGCGUUGCGUUCGUGGUCCAUGAACAGGAAUUCUCAUGGAAAUUUUGGUUCCCUGACAAUCAUCUCCCUUGCCA